GCACGUGUAAAGAUCGAUAGCUAUAAAAGCCGUAACAUGAAAGGAUCGCAGCGCAGUACAUCUGAAGAGAUCUCAGCUCUUCACAAUGGCUGGCGGAACGCUCUGGACUGUUAGCGUUUUUUCUGCGUUUUUAUUUAUCACAAUCAUUUCUGCUUUACCAGUAAUAGAACCACCUUUAGAUGCAGUGGAAGUUGUCGACGAGACGACUUUAUCGACUGAAUUGAAGCCUCCGCCACUACCGGAGAAAGAUCACCAAUACGUGCUUUUCGUUAUAAAUCUUUACGGAGUGAAGAAUGUCAGUGGCACAACUUCGGACGAAGUCUUUGAAAAUGAGAUAAUUGAGAAAGCACCAGAAUUGACAGAGCCAUUGGCCACCGUGUUUCUGGUGAUCGAGGUGGACGAAGAUGACAAUAGCACCGACGUGCCGGCGGACCUCGAUGAAAUCGCAGAUGACUUAGAAAAGGGUGAAGGUUUCAACGUGGAAAGGAUCAACCACUCCGGCGAAACGAGAUUGCUUAGAGUUAAGCUGGACAAGAGCGACGCCGAAGGCAUAUUGUUACCCAAGAAGAUGGACAUGUUGAAGAAAGUUCGUAACAGGAGAUCACCUUGUCUCAAGUGCAAACUGGGCGGUUACUCAUCAAACAAUGGCGGAGGAGGAUACGGAGGAGGAUACGGAGGAGGAUACGGAGGAGGUGGGCCAUAUGGUGGAGGAUACGGAGGAGGUGGGCCAUAUGGUGGAGGAUACGAAGGAGGAAGUCAAACAAUUGGUGUUAUACCCGUAGUUGUUGUACCUGUUGCAGCAGGUUAUCCAUCGCAUCCGACCGGAGGUGGUUGCAACACAUGUGGUGGCGGUGGAGGAGGAAAUUAUGGUGGAGGAGGAAGUUCGUACUCCCAAGCCUCGGCCCAAGCCUCGGCUCAAGCUUCAGCCGGAUCUCAAUCCUGGGGGAAAUAAACCAAACGGAACAGUGGAAGUGUCAUGAACUUUAUGCUGCCUGAAAUCGUAUAAACGUUUCGCGGCGUGCGUACAUAUCUAACGGACCUCAAACGCAUAAACGCGUAAUAACAUUAAUUUUUCUACAGUCUGAUGUCCGCCGUCCUGAUCGCCUAUUUCUUUAACGUGUACGGAGUAUGAAAUAAAUGAAGGAAAUGAUAGUAUA